ACACCACUCCUCCUGCCAGACUCCCAGGCCAAGCAGCGUCGCCAUACGGAACAUCCUGCCCUCAGCGGAGAGGGGGAGGAGAGAGAGAGAGAGAGAGAGAGAGAGCCCGAGUGUGUGUACAGAGCGAGGUUGUCUGUUUUGAGAGAGAGGGACGAGGUCUGGCGUUUCCCAAUAGUAAAUCUAUAUAUAAAAAAAAACAACUCCCAGAUACGGACAGAGAAGAAGAAGAAGAAGAGGCCUCGUUAAUCUAAUUGUUUUACUAACUGGUGACCUGGACCAGCAGCGCGUCAAGCCUUGGAUUUAAAAAGCCCGACUAGACCGGAUGGUAGCGCGGUCGGGCGGCGCGCUGUGAAGUUGGACAGACUACCGAGACACCGAUAGCAAGCGGCAGCAGCAGAUUCUGUCCCCACCACCCCCACCACCCCGAACCCCCGUGAAGGCAGCGGCGGCACCGGGAGGCUGCUCACGCGCACCCCGACCAUGAAGCUGCCCUGGCUCCUCGCGCUUACGGCGCUGCUUGCUCGCGCCGCCACGGGACAGACUUGGUCACCAUCGAUCGACGAUGAAGGCUCGACGAGAGACGAGUUCUACGACGACGAGGACCUCUACUCAGGCUCUGGCUCUGGCUUUCCUGAUAUCAGUAUAAGGCCGACAUCAGCAGGUGUGGUCUUCACCACAGAAGAGCCCCUCCUACUGUCCACCACACAGGCCACAAGCCCUGCCCCCUCCGCCUCACCUGCGGCCGAGCCAAGCCCCAACCCAGAGGAGCCCACCGCCACCCCACUGCCAACUGAGGCAGAAGGAGAAAGCGGCGUAUUCUGGGAAAGAGAUCGAGAGCUGGAGAGGGAGAGAGAGGAGGAGAGGCAGAGGGAGAGGGAGAGAGAGAGGGAGCUGGAGAAUGAAAGGGAACGUGAGAGAGAGCGAGAGAAAGAGAGAGAGAGGCAGAGAGAGCGAGAGCUGGAGAGAGAGAGAGAGCUUGAGCGAAUCAGGGCCGCUGCCCAGACCACUGCCGCCCCACGAUCCCCUGCUGCUGUCCCUGUGGUGACUACCAACCCGGCCCUCAUCCCUUCAGAAAGCGCAGUGCCGUCUUCGGAUGACCUGAGCACCACAGAAGAAGAAGACGACGUCUACCUAUCACCUGAACCCACAUCGUUCUACCCUGGAUUCGACUUAGAAACCACCACAGAGGAAGACACGCUCACCACAGCAGAGAGAACACCUGAGCCCACGACAGCGGCACCCACCACCACUGUCAAGACCAGGAUCCCCUUCAGGCCAAGGGUUCCCAUAACAACAGUCACUCAGGCGACUCCAUCAGAGAGAACGACCCGCCCACAACAGCCAACAACUUCACAGGAGGGUAUCAACGAAGUGGGUGCUGCAGGACCCAGUGGAGACUUUGAGAUCCGUGAUGAUCGGCGUAAUGAUCUGGGUCGAGGUAUAAUGCCAGUGGAUCCUGAUCUGAUUGGCAACACGGUGGACGCAGGCAGCUCUGCCGCCCAGCUGCCACAGAAAAAUAUCCUGGAAAGAAAAGAGGUCUUGAUAGCGGUGAUAGUCGGAGGAGUCGUGGGCGCCUUGUUUGCUGCCUUCCUGGUGAUGUUGCUGGUGUACAGGAUGAAGAAGAAGGACGAGGGCAGCUACACGCUGGAGGAACCCAAACAGGCUACCGUCACCUACCAGAAACCAGACAAGCAGGAGGAGUUUUACGCAUAACACUCAUAUUCCAGAGAGACGCAUCGCACACCGAGGGAGAGAUACAGAGUGAGAGAGAGAAGAGAGAAAGAUACUCUAAGCCCCCCCUCUUUGUCCCCCAGUCCUACUUUUUCCUCCUCUUCUUCAUUGCUUCCCCUUAUCUCCUUGUCCCUCUCUCCUCUCGUCUCCAGAACACUCUUGAGCGCCUUUCUCUCGGCGGACUCGGAACUUUCUUUUCAAUGAAAUCGAAAAAGAGGACCAAAAAAAAAAAGGAAAAAAAAAAUCCAAAUAUAUUCUGAAAAAAAUAACUCAUACACACAAGAUGUUUUUAAAGUAAAUGUUGUUAUUAAUAUUCUACAGAUUCUCUUGUUCUGUAUGUAAUGAUAUGAUUAUUUUGUAAGAAAAGAAGGACAAACAAAACGAAACACAAGCUCUUAAUGUGUUUUCCAGCACACAAAAGAAGUUCCUCUGUUUUUAUGGAGCUAUUGAAAAGGCAAAGGAGAGGAGAGGAGAGGGGCAGAGCGAGCUGAGCAAGACACAAAAGAAAAAUGAAAGAGAGGAGCGGGCUAGACUCUGCCCCUCAUCCCCCCCCUCAAAAGACACACAGAGCAUCUGGUUGGCUGCACAGAGCAAAAAAGGGUCAAAAGGUGAGAGGAAAGGUCUCUUUUGUGCCUUCCAUUGCUCUGGUGCUUAGAUGCAUAAACAUAAACAUAAACAAAUGCUGACACACAGACACACACACAUACACACACACACACACACACACACACACACACACACACACACACACACUGGCUUGUGUCUGCUUGAAGGUCGCUCUGACCUCUCUCUCUGUACUUGGCCAACCAGAUAAUGCUGAUCAACCUCAGCGUGUUUCACAAUGUCGAGGCGCCGCUGUGGAAACAUCGGCUGGUCGCAAAAAAAGGUUUGCACGAGCUCAGCCGUCGGCCCGUCUGCUCCUUUAAGCUGUACAAAGACUAGUUACGGAAAGUAAUAAUAACCAAUAAUAUAUCAUUGUUCUGGGCUGGACGGUGAUAAUGAUGAUAACAAUAAUAAUAUAAUAAUAAUGCCAUUAUAAUAAUGAUGAUAAUAAAACUUAAACAGGAGGAUAUGUAUUUAGCAGUUUAAAAAGUUUAUAUGUAAAUAUCUGCAUAUCCAUAUCUGGCAUCACUAACCAUCUGCAUGAUCAUGAAGAGUUUUUAGUCAUUACAUCCUUCAUCACUUUAGAUGAGCUGUGCUCUCGUUUGCCACAUGCACACACACACACACACAUCGACACACCCUCACAAGUGCAGACAUAUAACUUGCUGUGCAUUAAGAACACACAGACUGAAAUAUUCUGUAAAUCAUAUCAUUCGAACACAUAUCAAACCCAUCAACACCCUCAUUAUGGUUCAUUGUGAUUGUCAUCACUUGAGAUACGAGUGAGAUCAGUUGGUUUCAAUAUGUUAUUGAUUAGGUAUGGAUCAGUUGCAGGUUGGUUUAGUGUUUGGUCUGUUUGUGGAAAAGCACAACUUCGUGUCCAGUCAACAUGUCAUUAGAUACCUCCCCACUCACACACCUUUUGCAUGCCUCACUUUCUUUUUUGUCCACCAUUGGCUCUCUGUUCAGGGAUGGGAGGGGUCUCUGCGAUUGGGGCUUAAAUAAAAAACCAAGAAAGUGUGAAUAUGUGUGGAAGUUGCUCCCACCGGCGCUGAUUCGGCAAUAAUCACUUUUAUCAUUUAAAAAAAACGCUGAAUUAGUGUGAAUGGGUUCGACUUUACCCUGAUACUUUUUGGGGAAAAUGAAUGAGGGAGGGAAAUGGGUUUGGAUGGCUUUGGACAAGGAAUUUACCAUAUUCACACUACAGCCAUUUUCAACUGAUGUCAUGCUCAAAUGCAGUGAUGUGUUUUGAUCUGCUGUUUAUCAGGUGGGAAGACCUUUCAAUCUAAAAAGUACUGAAUCAGGUAAGACACUCCUUGUUGCUGUGUUUGCAAUAUUUCAAGUUCAAAAAAAAAUAUCGGAAAAUUACUUGUAAGGUACCCCAAUAUUUUUUUACAUUAUGACAACAUUGGGGCUUCCCACCCUGAGUGUAACAUCAGAGGAUGAUGGCCGCCAUGUGAAUAUGGUGAAUAUGUGGAGGCAGGAGGGCUGUGCUUCUAUCUAAGAGAUUGUAACAAUAACCACACCAGUGCGACUGGGCUAGUAGCGUCUAUUAUACUCAGUACUGUAGAACAAAAAUGCAUGGGAGUCAAUAUAAUACUAGUCUGGGUGUGUGCAGAUGCGUUUGUGUGUUUUUUUGUGUGUUUGAAAGCAAAAGUGGGGUGAGUUAAAGUAGGAAUGUACUGUGGUCGAGUGUGUGUUUACCUUCUCCAGCAGAUCUCACGCUCUUCCAUAGACAGGUAACACACCUCUUCCACUCCUGUGUGUACGUCACCUGCCCCCUCACCAGUGUGAGAAUAUCUGUGUGUCUGCAACUCAUCUAAACCCGCCACCUGUUUAUGCGUGUAUGUGUGUGUAUGUGUGAGUGCUUCACCUUGGUAUUUCACAGCAGACUCUGUGUACGCUGACUAGCCUGUCGGUGUGUGUGUGUGUGUGUGUGUGUGUGUGUGUGUGUGUCUGCGUGUGUUUCGUCCAUUCACUGCUGAAUGAGGGGCAGCUGGUCCCUCACAGUGGCUUUCACACACACUGACUGUCUUUUCACUGUCUGUCCGUCUCUCUCUCUCUCUCUCUGCCCCAGGAUAGACGGACAGACAACAUGCCACUUUCUCACAGGCAGGAAUGAUCUUAACACGUACUGUCUUUUCUAAAGUGUAAACAUGUGUGUUUGUACCCAUUUAAGCCUGCGUAGCCAAAUAAGACGUGUGUGUGUGAUUAUGUAUGAGAGAGAGAAAGAGUGGAUUUGUACGUGUGUGAGUGUAGGUAUGCACAUGUGUGUGUGUCUGUGUGUGUGUGUCUGUGUGUGUGUGUGUUACGUGUAGCCCGAUGGAGGCGACACUACUCUAUGUUUGCUGUUUCCAUUCCUGUUUUUAUACAUUUGCAUUUUUUUAAGGCUGAGUUUCUGUCAUUGGCUGAGUGAGCGAGAGGAGGCGGAUCCUCUACGCCACCGCCCUAUCACUAAUCUGCCACUCUGUUCCAAAUAAAAAACCUGAUUGGGUAA